AUGAACAUGCAUAUUACGGUCUCCUGCCUGGUGGCUUUGUUCGCGGUCGCUUCUGCGAUACCGCCUCCGACGCUGUCAUACGUUCCCAUUGCCACUAUAGAUAAAAUUCCGAACCCAAAUUACGGAUUCAACUAUGCGGUAAACGACCCGUCGACGGGCGACAAUAAGGCGCAGUGGGAGACCCGCAAUGGCGACGUGGUGCGAGGAGCAUACUCCUUGGUGGAACCCGAUGGCAAUGUCCGUUUAGUAGAGUACACUGCUGACUCUCUCACUGGAUUCAAUGCUGUGGUGAAACGUACGGGACCCAACGUACACUCCAUAGCGCUCCCGGUUGCAGCACCGAUAGUAGCUAAGCCUGUGGUUGAAACCAUUGAUCAUGGACACAUCGGCCCUAUCGGACAUAUUGAACCACUCCACAUUGCUCCAAUUGCUCCAGUUCACGAGAUUACGCCAGUAGCGGAAGUUCAUCACCAGCCCAUCAUAACCCCAGUGAUCGACACCCCGCCAGUGAUCGCUCCAGUGCCCACGUUUGACAUCCUGCCCUUCUACCCAUUGCCCCCGGCUGGCCCGUGGGUACAUCUAUCGGGCACUUCUUAUGGUCACAAGGGAAACAUCGUCCGCCGCUGGGCAGCGGGCCCCAUCUCACUGGACGGUAAAACGCUCACCAUCAGAACCGUCAAGCAUCAUUAA